GCGUGAGACGGGUGCGUUUCUCGGUCGACGGUUUCGAAGCAGCUGGGCGCAUGCGCAGCGUGACGCCCUUUGCCCGCUGGGGGAGGUGCGGCGAGGCAAGGCUCCGGCGCGCGUGCGCAGUAGCUCGACGCGGGCGUUUCUUUCCUUCUUUUUUCCGAAUUGGUUUUGAGGGGUAGAUUCGAGUUACAAAAUGGCGGCCUGGGGUGUGUUGGGCGCUGUUCCCUCAGCGGCCUCUGACUGAACGGACGGCUGUCCCCAUCCCUGCCGAACACAGAGGGGUGAGGCCCCCGAGGGACAUGGUGUUGGCGACUCAGGGCGUGCGGACCACCGAAUCCUUCGAGGCUCUCCGCGCACCGGAAGCGACCGCGCGCCGCCUCAGAGCCGAACGCCGCGGCAGCGCCCUCGCACCUGAUCGCCGCUGCGCGGCCGGGCCUCGCGGCGCCCACAACCCGGCGAGGGCUGCGGCGGCCGCCGGGGAGGUUCGAAAAAAUGGCCAAAAGAAUUGCCGAGAAGGAAUUGACAGACAGAAAUUGGGAUCAAGAAGAUGAAGCAGAAGAGGUGGGAACAUUCUCAGUGGCCAGUGAGGAGGUCUUGAAGAAUAGAGCCAUAAAGAAAGCAAAACGUAGAAAUGUUGGAUUUGAAUCUGAUAGUGGAGGGGCCUUUAAAGGUUUUAAAGGUUUGGUUGUACCUUCUGGAGGAGGCGGGUUUUCUGGAUUUGGUAACAGUGCUGGAGGGAAGCCCUUGGAAGGCCUGUCAAACGGAAGCAGCGUGACUGCCGCCCCUCCCUUCUCCAGCUCGAGGGCGGCCACCGAGGCCAAGACCACCUUCGGCUCUGUUGCUGUGAAUGGCCCUGCUUCCUCGGUUGAUAAAAAGAUGUCAAGUCCUAAAACUAAUGGUGACAGUCAGCAGCCCUCUGCCUCCGGCCUUGCCUCCAGCACAGCCUGCCCUGGGAAUGCCUAUCACAAGCAGUUGGCAGCCUUAAACUGCUCUGUUCGGGACUGGAUCGUGAAGCACGUGAAUACAAACCCGCUCUGCGAUCUGACCCCCAUCUUUAAAGACUAUGAGAAAUACUUAGCAAGCAUCGAGCAGCAACAUGGGAACAGUGGUAGCAGUCAUUCUGAAAGUGAAAAAAACAAAAUAGCAGUUGAAACACAAUCUCCUUCUCUCUUUGGUUCAAAGUUACAGCAGGAGUCAACCUUUUUGUUUCAUGGCAGCACAACUGAAGCUGCAUCAGAGAAGAAGAUGGAGGCUCUGUCUGAGAAGAACAAGGAGCCAUCACUAGGAGCAGCAAGUGCCUCGUUUAAUUUUGGCAAGAAAAUCGAUAGCUCUGUGUUGGGCUCCUUAAACUCUGGCCCAUUAACUGGCUUUUCAUUUUCUUCUGGAAACUCCAGUUUGUUUGGCAAAGAUACUACCCCGAGUAAACCAGUUUCUUCACCAUUUUCCGCUAAAACACUGGAGACCCGAGCAGAAGGUGGCGGGAAUGAAUGCAGAGGCGGAGAUGAAGAGGAGAAUGACGAGCCACCCAAAGUAGUGGUUACUGAAGUAAAAGAAGAAGAUGCUUUUUACUCCAAGAAGUGUAAACUAUUUUACAAGAAAGACAAUGAAUUUAAAGAGAAAGGUGUGGGUACUCUGCAUUUAAAACAUACAGCCAAUCAGAAGACACAACUUUUAGUGCGCGCAGAAACCAAUUUAGGCAACAUCCUGCUCAACGUUCUGAUUCCGCCCAACAUGCCGUGUAGCCGCACGGGGAAGAACAACGUGCUGGUCCUGCUCAUUCCGAACCCACCCAUCGAUGCCACCAACGCCUCCGUCCCGGUCACCAUGUUAAUUCGGGUGAAAACCAGCGAGGACGCAGAUGAGUUGCACAAAAUUUUACUGGAGAAGAAGGAUUCCUGAACACGCUUCCCCUGAGGAGCUGUUGCCAAGUUGCUGCUUCCCCACUGCCCUUUAAACUUAGUUUUCUUCUCUUCUUUGACAUUCUAGAACUUAGAGAUAACUUAAAACUUUUGUGAGGAAGAUAAAUAUGGCCAAUAAAACCUUUAAUAUUACCUGUCAAGAAACUGUAUUCUCCCUUCUUAAAAGCUAUCUAUCUAAUGUGUAAAAUAUAUUUGAAAGAAAUUUUUUGGAAGGUUUUUAAUGUUCAUUGAUUAAACUAAUCACCAGUGAUUUGUUAAUAAUGAACUGCAAUCAGGGUAUCGAGUAGAUUUCCCAAAGGCCUUUCCGGUCCAGGGGCUGGGGCUCGCUGCCGCCCCGUGUCCAGAAGGGAGUUGCCGGGAGCGCUCUUGUUUCUGCUGGCCCUGGCCGAUGGGUGUCCGAGAGAACCGAACUGCCUUGCUGGGGCAGAGACGGUUCCUCUUUGCUUUAUUUUAUUGUGUUAUUUUACAGCUGAAGUGUCUGCCUUCAGCGUUGGAGUCCUCAGCCUUUUCUGUGCAGACGCUGGCCUUUAACCCCAGAGGCUGCUUUGCUGUGGUUCUGGAACUGCUUUUUCUUUUUCAAAGGAAAUGUGUGGCUUGUUCUGUGGGUUUGUAGGCAUAUUCAUGAGGUGCUCUUCCUUCUGUAUCCCCUGGAGACAAAUGGGCUGGGGGAUCGCCAGGACCGAGGUUGCAAAGCACAAACUUGGUAGCCUGUAGUUUGUAGACAGAGGACAGUAAACCCUUAUUAGAGAGUCAGGGCUAAGCUGUGCAGCAAGUGGAAAAGGGUGUUUGUGCCACGAUGAACCCCGUGGAUCUAAAACCUGCUUGUUAUGUCACGGGGGCGUUCGUUACACGAGCCGUGCGAACUUCCCAGGAAAUAGGCAGUGAGGUGACGGGAGAGAAAAGUGUGUGUGUAAAGGUUGCUUUUAGCUUUUAGACAGGAGUGCAUUUUGCAUUUGGUACCUGAAAUUUCCGUUUACUUUUUUAAGAGUGAGGUAAUCCAGGAGUCCCCGUGAUGGCUCAGUGGAAAUGAAUCUUGACUGGUGUCUGUGAGGAUGCAGGUUCGAUCCCUGGCCUUGCUCAGUGGGUUAAGGAUCUGGCGUUGCCGUGAACUGUGGUGUAGCUCGCAGACGCAGCUUGGAUCCCGCGUUGCUGUGGCUGUGGCGGACCCCUAGCCUGGGAACUUCCAUAUGCUGCAUGUGCAGCCCUAAAAAGACCAAAAAAAAAAAAAAAAAGUAGAGUAUGCCACAUGUCCGUCUGAAAGGGAGCCAUGGUUGUGCCCAGGAACGCCCGUGUCACCUCUCCACAGCUGUCAGUAACUGAGGCUCGUGUUCUUUGAAGGCUCUGGACCUGUGAACUUGAUGUGAAUUUGAAGGUUGUCAACGCCCACUCUCAUUCCUCUCGAGCCGUUCGGUGCUGGCACCAGCGCAUCUUGUUUCAGUUGAGUCUCAGGGUCUGUGCCUGGGGGCUGGUAGCACUGCCACAGGCUCAUCUUCAGCCAUGAUUUAUUUUCUGACUUGGGAGAGUCAAAGUAACUGGGUGGUAGAGUUGCUUAAAACAAACAAAACUGUAAUUUUCAGAUGUUAAGGGGCGGGAAAACCUCCUUGCGGUCAGAUACGUUACUCUGAACACACUUGGGGUAAGGUACGCGGGCCGCGUUUAUCUCGCGACUCUCGGCGUUCUCCUCUCGUUUCCCUGAUGGCCCUGGGAGAGUUGGAAGCCCAGUGCGUGACUUCGAAUAGACAGACACAUGUGGAGAGAGGUGUGCUCGCCAUAUACUGGGGGAUGUGGUUAAACUCCUUCGUGUUGUGAGGCCGCGGGAGGAAGUGGCACUUGUUGCUUUUAACUUUUUAGAAGUGAGACUAUUGAGUUUUGUUGUGGAUGAUUUUUAGUGACCACGUGGUCGGUACUGUUAGAACAGUAGGGCUCUGCAGCUGUGACAAAGUGGAGGAAAUCAGAACAAACUCGGCGCCUUCGCCUUCGAGCCGAGCCGCGUGCUCAGCCGCACAUGCUCCCAGGUCCUGCCCGAAAGUCAGGCGCACGGUGGCGGCAUCUUUACGAAGGAAGGCUUUGUGCGGUGUUGGGUUUGCCUUUGCUGUGAUGUGGAGUCGACCAGAAAUGGCCUCUAGCAGUCAGGACUGGAUUACCUCUUAAGCCCUGCUUGUCUUUUUAAUGGGUAUGUGUGGCUUGCUUGCUUUUUUUUUUCUUUUUAACUAACAUUCCCAGCAAAUUCUUGCUGCUCAGACUGUACUGUUAAAGGGAAAAUUUAUCGGGGAAAAUGUGAUGUGUACACCCUACGACAAAAUGUGAUCUUUUCUUAAAAUCACUCAGUGUUCUAGGAACUCGCUGGUCUCCACUUGAAUCACGUAUUAGUAUGAAGGCCCGAGUGUGUGUGGGUUUCGCUGUAAAAUCCAAGGCCGUGUGUGUUGUUAGGGGAGGGCCCCUCGGCCCCUGGCGGGCCCGCCUGCCUGUUCAUCCCCACUGUCUUAACGGCGCAGUUCUGCCCCAUGGGAUCAGAUUUAUUUUUAACAAAUUAUUAUAAAUGAGGAUUUAAAAUGUUUAAUGUGGGCUGGACUUUUUAUCUUUAGUUUGAGAAUCUGUAAGGAGUGUUACCACAAAUGUGACCUGAAGGGUGUGUGUGUAUCUUUGAUUCUAAAUCAGAUUGUGUUGUAUCUUGACAAAUACCAAGUACCCCAGUGGCUUUUUCUUUUUUUCUUUACCAGUUUGUGUUCUCUCCUCCUUUUGAGCCAUUUCCCAUGAAGCCAAAAUGGAGUGUUGGAAUUAAACUAGGUUGAAAAUGUGUGUCCAGGGUUUAAAGUUCAGAUUGUGUUUCCCGUGGAAGGACAGGUAUGUUUAUUAACUAAUUUUCUUUCAAAGGAUUAUUGUUUUACAGUUUCAAUUCCAGAUCAUAUUUUUGAUAUGCUGCAUGCCAAAAAUACCUACCUGUUCUGGGGUAGAGGGAAAAAAACCUAAUAUUCUACCUUACUGUUAAGAGUUCAGAAUGAAUUUUCACUGAGAAAGCCUUUUGGUUCCGUUUUAGAGAUAAAUAAGUUGCUUGUUUUUGAGCACUUGCCAGUCAUGAUUGUAUUUCAGAACAAUCCAAAUAAAUGUAAGCACGGUGUAUUUUGAAGGCUCUGCAGAUUUGCAAACUAAGCGGCUCAUUCCCUAACCCCUGGUAGUCAUCCUCAUUCUAGAAGUGAGAAUUCCCGGCGGAAAUGGAUUUGUCCUGUAGCACCAGCGGGGGCAGUGGGGGGCCUGUCCAGACGUCUUCCCGCGCGGUCCUCUGAGCACCAGGCCCCGUGUACGUCUGUGGCCAGUGGUGAUCACGUAGGGACCGAGGAGCCUGCGUUUGAUGCAGACGCCGUUGCAGCAGAGACAGGAAGCUUCGUAGCAAUCAAGUGGGGGAGUCGUUUGCUUUCUGUUUUAAAUAGGAACUCGUUUCCUAAAACGCAAAUCCUUGACCUGUCAGUGUAAUCUCAGUUUGUAUUAGCUUUUGAAUGAUCCCAUUGAGGAAGUGUACGGAUCGUGAACUGUGAAUAAAGGGAAAGUAAGCAGAAUCGCAGUGUUUGAAACUUUGGUGUUCUUCCGUGCCGCACCUGGCGCUGUAAUGCCGUAAAACCACUGAAGUGCCCAAGUCAAGCCCUGGCGGGGGGCAGAGCCAGUGCCCGAUGCAGAAGCAGUGCCCAGAAGCCUCCCAACAGCAGGAAGGUCUGCCGGGAGGGGAGGCGGCCCAGCCCACUUGUUGUCAGACCCCCUUGUGCUGGAGGAGACCCAUCCCAGACCCUUCGAGGGUUUCUUUUGGCUUCACGUUUCAGUGAGAACGGGAAUAACGCUUUCAUUGGGUAUUGUGCUAGAAGCUUAUUGUGUAGUCUCGAAUGUAGUGCUUGCAGCAGACCUUCCAGACGUGGGCUCUUCAAAGGAGCUACAGUUAAGGCAGGUGAGGUUUCUUCCAGACAAGGGGAGUUGGGAUCUGUGUCCAGAAGGGACGUUUUUAAAUUAGGGAUCAAACUGAUCAAGAAAAUACAUAUUUUGAGUUUAUGUAACCUUAAGUUUGGUGAUUUAGAAAAUCACUGUUAAGGCCUUAACAGAUUAAAUUGUAGUAUAAUUAUGAUAGUGUUUUAGAGUAAGGCUCUCAUUUUUAAAACAGUCCUGAGUUAUGCAGCACUUAGGUGGUUGAUAAAAGGUGCCGUCUGUUAAAAUAUAAAGACUGGAAUUCCCGUCAUGGCUCAGUGGUUAACAAAUCCGACUAGGAACCAUGAGGUUGCGGGUUCAAUCCCUGGCCUUGCUCAGUGGGUUAAGGAUCCGGCGUUGCCAUGAGCUGUGGUAUAGGUUGCAGACGCAGCUUGGAUCCUAUGUUGCUGUGGCUCUGUCGUAGGCAGACAGCUACAGCUACAGCUCCGAUUCGACCCCUAGCCUGGGAACCUCCAUGUGCCACAGGAGUGGCCCUCAAAAGGCAAAAAGAGAAAAAAAAAAAAAGACUAGGUCACCCAUCAAAGGAUUCUUCUGGAACUGAUAACAUCUAUAAAGGAAACUGCCAAAGGCACUAAGGGAGUAAGACUGAGGAGAAGCAGUGACUCAGAUGCACCCGGCCUCUUAGGUGCUCAGCUGUGUGGCAGGGCUGCAGCACUGCAGGGCUGGCCCUGUGGGGUGGCCCCUGGAGCAGCAGCAGCACCCAGGGACCCAUUAGGAAUGCAGAUUUGGAGGCCCCACCUACCCCUGAUGAAUCAACCUUGGGCAGGGGCCUGGGCACAUGUUUUGGUUUUUUUUAAUGUGUAUGGCUCAGCUGGUUUGAGUAUAUUCAGAGUUGUGCAACCAUCACCUAGUUACUAGCUUAUGCCAGAAUAUUUUACCACCAGAGGCCUGGGUUUUAACAGGUGUUUUUUGGACACAUGUCAAAUGUGAGAACCACUGGGCUACCUCUGUGCUCCCCAGAUGACUUGUUUAAAGACAACCUAAGAAGUACCCUUUUGGCACAAUUUAGGGGGAAUGAUUCUCCAGGUGCCAGGAACUGUGCCAGCCUCAGCACACGUCUCAACUCCAGCGUCGUCGCAUCUGCGAAGGUAGGUGGUGAGUCUACAGUUCAGAAGAAAACCUGGAGGGGGAGUUCCCGUCGAGGCUCAGAGGUAAUGAACCCGACUAGUAUCCAUGAGGAUGUGGCUUCAAUCCCUGGCCUCACUCAGUGGGUUAAGGAUCUGGCAUUGCCAUGAGCUGUGGUGUAGGUUGGAGACGCAGCCCGCAGCCCGAGUUGCUGUGGUUCUGGUGUAGGCCGGCGGUUGUAACUCUAAUUAGACCCCUAGCCUCGAAACCUCCACAUGCCGCAGGUGCGGCCCUAAAAAGCUCACAAGACGAGCGUGCCGCCUGAAGGUAUAGGUAUGUGUCCAUUACAGACUGCGCUUCACUGGUCCUGAAUUGGGCCGACAUCUUUUUAAGAAAAUUAUUCACUGCACGUAUAAUCACUAAUGUUUACUAAAACACCAUGGUAUUUCAAACUGAGCAAUCUCAUUGUUUUAUUAAAGUCAGAUUCCAAGAUGAAAGACCCUUAAUCCACAGAAAGGAAGGACGUAUCUUGCUGAUCCUGGCCCAGGUAGAGGCCCAGUCAGGAGGGAAUUCGGUGAAGCUGGAACAGAAGACCUCAUCUGGGUGUGGCCAUGCCCACAGUCUCCCCUCCUCACAAACUUGCCAGCUGCGCUGCCAUUUGGACACUCCAGCACAAGGUACAGCACGUUUGUACAUUCAACACGUGUAUAGACAAUGAACCGCAUUAUUUUAGGGACUAAGUUAUUUUACACUUACCCUUCCUCCCAGUGUAAAAUUCCCAAAGGUUUUCCCUUCCAGUCAACAUGUUUCUGGGGCCUGACAGUAGUUCCUAGAAGUGCAUCUAGGCCGGAAUCAGAACAGACACACAGACGGGAAUGCGGUCGCGGCAGGUGGCUUCCAGGGUAGCAACUUUCUCCCCAAAGACCUGUUAAAUAUUCCUCAGGCGGCUGUCUUAAAAGGACCUGUUUAGCCAGGGGCUGACUGGAUAACAAGAAAGUCCUUCUUUACCCGCUAACCUGCCUCCUUCCCGAGCACCGUCCUGUAUAGGCUGCAGGUGCUCAGGCCGCUUCAGAGGAUUCUGAUGCCGGUGUGUCCAGCAACGCCUAAGCGAUGUCAUUUGACGUGAUGACCCUUAAUCGACUUCUAGCUUUGUGUGUGUACCUCCCAGAGCCCCCUUUUUAUUCUGUCAUUCUUUAUAGCCUUCUACGGGAUCACAGGCCUCACCUGUGCCCGUGACCAGACCGGCCGCCUGACCAUGGAAAGCCAAAGCCCGCUGCUGAGAGGGCUUCCACCUGCAGUGAGCGUGCAGAAGCCCCUCUGGCAGAGGUGUGAGCUGCCCCCAUAUCGACCUGAUAACUGUGGAGCUGGAAAAGCAACCAAGAGCCACUGUCUAAAAAACAGCCUCCAGAGACCAGGUAGCUUGUUGGGAAGCUGCCAAAACUAGAACGUGAGACACCAGACUUUUAUUCUAGUCAUUUUCCCACUUCUGCGAGGGCUUCUGAGAGGUUCUUGAGCAAGAGCUUGUGAGAUUUUAAGUAUAACUUAAGGGAGGGUGCAUACUACUUUACAGGGGCCAAGAGCUGAACCCGAAACACAUCUUUCAUUUUGCAAAUCCAGCAUCUGACCAAACUGCAGCUGCUGGCCUCCAGACCCCCCGCUGCCUCCCGGGCCUGCCAAAGCCAGGGCAUGGGGCGGCUUCUGUCACUCAAGAAAGCAAUUUGUAUGAAAGUGCAAAAAAAAAAAAAAAAAAAAAAA